AAACAGUCAUUCGCGUAGAAAUCCCGAUAAAAAUAUUUGCAGAAAUGAAACUUCUUUGUUCACUCCUUCUAUUGUCUGGCCUCGUGGCCAAAAUUUCUGGGCAUGGGAUGAUGCUAGAACCACCUAAUCGUAGUUCUUUAUGGAGAUUUGAUCCCACAGCACCUGUAAAUUACAACGAUAACCAAAAUUAUUGUGGUGGGGCGUCAUUUCAAUGGCAGAGUAUGGACGGAAAAUGUGGUGUUUGUGGUGAUCCUUACAAUGCUCCUCAUCCUCAAGAAAACGAAAAUACGGGAAAGUAUGGCCAAGGGAAGAUUGUGCGGCAAUAUUCCCCUGGAAGUGUGGUAGAUAUUCAAGUUUCUUUGACCACAAAUCAUUUGGGAUAUUUUCUGUUUAGUGUCUGCGUUUUGCAAGACCCAAGUGCCCCAGAAUCUGGUGAAGAGUGCUUCCAACCAAUUUCUUUAGCCAAUGGCGAUGACAGAUAUAAUGUUACUUUCAGUGAAAGAACAGUAAAUACCCAAGUUAAGCUUCCAGAUGGGUUGACUUGUGACAGAUGCGUUUUGCGAUGGCAUUACAUCGGCGGAAAUAACUGGGGACAGUGUGAAGACGGGAGUUACCAAGAAGGUUGUGGACCUCAAGAAAACUUCCGAUCUUGUGCAGAUGUUGCAAUAUUGUAGUUUUUGUAAAUAAUAAAAAAAAUAAAGUGAAAA